ACCUACGCUAGGAGUCGCUGUGGAGUCCUCAUCUGAAUGGAAACGUCUCGGUCACUCGAAACAUGUAAACUGCCAGUUAGUUUCCCUUCGCUAUAGGAGAAUAUACGAAACACUGACUUCCAGAAGUGCGUUUUACAAACAAGUAAAUAUUAACAGAAUCGCCGAAUUGUCUUGACUUCGAAGAUGCUGGCUGUACUGCUGCUGUGUGCUGCGGUCUGUCGCCUGGGUUCAUCGCGGGACUCUGAGACAGUGCUCUAUGGAGAAAGAUUCAGAAUUAGGCUUUCAAGAACAGCUCAGGACUUGACAUUCUGGCCCGGUCUUGAUGUUGUCUACAUCCUGUGGACAUCCGAAGAUGGCUUAGCUUCUCUAGACCCCAGACACUCAUUGGAUGGAGGCUACUUUGUAAUAAAUCAAAUGACACAAUUGGACACUGGCCAGUAUAAUGUGUGGGAGAAGAAUUACAGUGUGUCUUCAGUGGACAUCAGCGUUGUAGCCAAUCAACAAACCUACGAUUUGACUCCAGGUGACUCUGUGAACUUCCAAUAUGACCUUCCAUUCACUUCUUGCAACGUCUUCUUCACCCCAGAAGGCUAUCUGAGAAAAGGUGCAGAAAUUGUCCGUCGGGGCAGAGUGCAGUAUCGCAGGAACUGUAGGGCAUUUUCUAUCAGUCAGCCCUGCAAGUUCAAUAUUGAAGGUGGUGAUACGUCAUGCAGUGGGACCUACGAGAUAAAAGACGACAAGGAGAACACUGCCUUACAAGUCACACUCACUGUGAGGGACCACAGUGAUCUAGACUCAUACGGUUUGGUCGGCAUUGCUGCCUUCAUAUCUCCGGCUCUGUGUUUCUGCCUGAAGUGCUGCUGCUGCAGGAAGAGUGGCUUGAAGAAGGACAGCUCUGACUCUGAGGGAUCGGAUGCGGAUUCCACUCAAAUGCAGUGUAAGGGUGAGCCUGUCCGACUGGGACCAACCGUGGAGGAGUUGCCUUACCCUGCUGGGCCCCCUCUGACACCCACUGCCCCGCUAGUGAGCAAUUCUCUGAUACUCAACUCUCACCACAGCCAACCUCCGUCCUAUGAGGAGGCUAUGGCCUUAACAGAGGAGACAAGUGGAUCGCCUCACUUCUUCACCUCAACAGCAGAGCCGCGGGUUGGUGUUAUGGGAGUGCAGAACUGCCAUGGUCCGCAUGUGGACAUUUGAUGAAAAUAUAUGGUAGAGAUUUGUGCAUCCUGAGGCGGAAAUACGUCAGUGAUGAUCUGAUGAAUGUAAAAACAAUAUCUUGCUUCAUUGUUCAGAAUUUGAGUUUUUGAACGUAUUUAUUUUUUUUUCUAAUGCCUUGAAGUUCAUACUGUGGUGAGAGGUGGGGCAGCGCCCUCGAUUGACCACCAUUGGACGGCAACUUCUAAAGCAACAUCAGGGACAUGUCAGGAAUGUUUCUGAAGUGACACCUGGGACGACUUUGCUACUAGUGAUAUAGAAACAACUAUGGAGUCCAAAGUGUCAUUGAUAACAUUAAUUGAGAAAGGUGCACUCGCAUCACCUCAGUUUUAUUUGGACACUUGAGGACUCUUCCUAGAGUUUGAAAACAGCAAAGCUGUGAUAAUCAAGGCAUAUCUCUGUUGCUCACCAAUUCAUAUCUGGUCACUGCAAUUAUUGAAGUGGAGGAGGACUGACAUUUGCUGCGUGUAUUGCGAAUGCAAAGAUUCAUGUGAGCUUCAUCGGCGCAUGAGAAGGUAACCUCCAUUAAUUGCGUUAAAGUAACAAACAUAGCAUGAUUCGACUAAUCCCUGUGGUUGUUCGUAGAAAAAGGUGAUGUGGUGUCGGUGCCUUGUAAGUGUGAAGCUGUAGCUGAAGUAUCAUGCCACGACUAUGUAGCUGCCUUAAACAGUAGUUAGUUAAACAAUUGUAGUUGUGUCUGCUUUGCUGCUGAACGUUUCUAACUGUCACACUUGUUGUCUAGUGUUAGUGUGGGUUACCUGCUUUAUUAUUAGCAACAGCAUCACUAACAUCAGGUGUUUAUCCUUUAUGCUGUGUGUCUGCUGGACUGCUCUGCUGCUUCUUGAACAUUCGAUGUGGGAGCAUAUAUUAACCAUUAACAGAGAAAUGUUCAGAAGUAAAAGUGUGAUCAAAGCUGCCUAUUACAGAAUCAGUGCUUUACCUCCGAACAGUUGAGGCCCCUUGCUCAGGUAACAAGCAGGUCAGAGGUGUCUUGUUUUCUCUACUCAUGCAGUUUUAUCACAAGCUGACUUUUGGCUGUGUGCUCUCCAAAGUGUUGCACGGUUGUGUGUCUCUGCAGGUUCACUCUCCAGACGUUUGGUGCAGUGAUUCUACUUUGCACCUUCUCUCCCAUGACAGCCUCCCAAAUGGAAGCCAGACCUUUAUAUUAUUCCUAUGACCUUAAUUAUGCACGUCAGGUUUGUCUAUUUCAGUAGGAAACUGCAGCAACUGUUAUUCAUCCUGUAUUAUUAAACCCAUGAACA